CAGUUUGUUCUACGAAAACUGUGCACAACAAAGUUUUUACCGCAGUCGGCCACUUCCCGUGUGGGACUGUCUCGCACUCCAGCGUUUUCAGUUCAACCUAUGGAUCCUAUAAAUGAUGCAAGAUUUUAUGAGUCGCUGAUAAAGCCUCCUCGGCAGCGAACUCAGGAUGACAUUCGCAACAUUUAUGAUCAGCUGAGGCAGCUUGAUAUGUUUUCCAAUCUUUAUAACGGACCGCUGAAAGCAAUUUGCGCCAAUGCACGAUACGAACGUCAUGCUGGACAUCACGUACUGUAUCGGGAAGGGCAGGUGGCAACGUGUUGGUAUAUUCUCCUUUCUGGAUCUGUGCUGAUAGAAAACAACAUAUGCUUACCGUACGGAUGGUGA